CUUCAGAAACGUGAAAAAACAGAAAUUUUAAGGCAGUUUGAAAUCAGGCACAGAGCUUAUUAAAUUACUCAAAUGCCAAUCACUAGCAUUGCAUUCGGAUCUCCAGCAGAGGCUGGGCAACCUGAUGCACUCAGGGCAGCUCUAGCUGAGUUCAUUUCUAUGCUCAUUUUUGUUUUUGCAGGGGAAGGCUCUGGCAUGGCUUUCAAUAAGCUUACCGAUAAUGGCUCCUCAACCCCGGCCGGGCUAGUAGCUGCAUCGUUGGCUCACGCCUUUGCACUUUUUGUUGCGGUGUCAGUCGGUGCUAACAUUUCUGGCGGGCAUGUAAAUCCUGCCGUUACAUUCGGUGCCUUCAUUGGUGGCCAUAUAACAUUCAUUAGAAGUCUUCUGUACUGGGUUGCCCAGUGCCUGGGAUCUGUAGUUGCUUGCUUGCUUCUUAAGUUGGCAACUGGUGGACAGGAAACAUCGGCCUUUGCUCUAUCAUCUGGAGUUGGUGCAUGGAAUGCAGUUGUUUUCGAGAUUGUGAUGACCUUCGGUUUGGUUUACACUGUGUAUGCAACAGCUGUUGACCCAAAGAAGGGUGACAUUGGGAUAAUUGCACCCAUUGCUAUUGGUUUCAUUGUGGGUGCUAACAUCUUAGCUGGUGGUGCUUUUGAUGGCGCAUCCAUGAACCCGGCAGUCUCCUUUGGGCCAGCUGUUGUAAGUUGGACAUGGGACAGCCACUGGGUCUACUGGCUUGGUCCAUUCGUUGGGUCUGCCAUUGCUGCCAUUGUCUACGAGGUCAUUUUCAUUAACCCAAGCACACACGAACAGCUCCCCUCAACAGAUUUUUAAGAAGUCGAAAACUCAAUACUUUGGAUGAAAUAAGGAUGAAGGCUUUUGAAGACACGUCUGUGGUGGUGUUAUUGGCGUUGUUUUUACCCGGUUUCUGUUAAUACAUGAUUCCUGUAAUCUUUGUCUUGUUUCUCUUCAAUCAUUUAAGAAUUGCCCACUUGUGCCCACUGCACAAGGAUUGGGCGAAUGCUUUCACUUUGAUUAAAAGGUUGCUCAGAAAAUUGGUACCAA